AUGACUGGAAUGUUAUUUGAAAAAUGGUUAUCGCACUUCGUAAAAUAUUCCAAUGCAUCCGUGGAUAGAAAAGUUCUGCUAAUCCUUGAUGGUCAUUCUAGCCAUAAAUAUCUACCAGCUCUAGAAUAUGCGAAGAAACAUGGUGUUGUUUUGCUAUGCACACCACCUCACUGUACUCACCGUAUCCAGCCUUUAGACGUAAGUUUUUUUGGACCUUUAUCAAACUACUAUAAUCAAGCAAUUACCAAAUGGAUGAAGGCAAAUCCGGCCAGAACAGUGACGGCGUUUCAAGUUGGGCAACUAUUUUCGGAAGCCUAUGAAAAAGCGGCUGUUAUGGGCAAUGCAGUUAGUGGCUUUAAAACCACCGGCAUUUACCCUCCAAAUCCAGACAUUUUUCCGGAAUGGAUGUUUUCUCCUUCUGAUGUCACGAACCUGGUCUUAGAAGAACCAUCAGAUCAAACUGAUCUCACUGAACCUGGAUGUUCAGGUUUGCAAAAUCAAAUUAAAAAGCAUCCAUUAGAAAUGGAUACUUUUCAACAAUCGACAAACUCAGAACAAGAAACAGAAUACUAG